AUGGAGGCGUUGACGAAGAUGUUCUCGCUUGCUGGGAAGACGGCUGUGGUGACGGGCGGGACUCGAGGGAUUGGGGCAGCUAUGGCCAUUGCUCUGGCUGAAGCUGGUGCAGAUAUCAUUCUCAUUCAGCGUGACGAAAGCAACAAGAACACAUCCAACAAAGUCCAACAACUGGGGCGCAAAGCCACGAUAGUUACGGCCGACCUGUCCGACCAGGCGUCUGUUUCCAGGAUCAUUCCGGACCUGGCGAAGGCUGGCCACGAUAUGCACAUCCUGAUCACCUGCGCGGGGAUCCAGAAACGACAUCCCGCGCACCAAUUCCCGCUGGACGACUGGAACGCGGUGCUACAAGUCAACCUUACGACGGUGUUCACGCUAUGCCGCGACUUUGGAGCCUAUCUCUUGUCCAAACCUGCCCCCUCUUCACCUUCCCAAUCGCGGGGAGCUAUCAUCAAUGUGGCCUCUCUCUUGACAUUUCAAGGCGGCAUCACCGUGCCCGCGUAUGCGGCGAGUAAGGGCGGUGUGGCGCAACUCACGAAGGCGCUCAGCAACGAGUGGGCCAGUAAGGGGAUCAACGUCAACGCCAUCGCCCCCGGGUAUAUCGAGACGGACAUGAAUGAGGCGUUGAUCGCGAACGAGACUCGGGCGAGGCAGAUCCUCGAGAGAAUCCCCGCGGGGAGAUGGGGAACGCCGGAGGAUUUCAAGGGCGCCGUGGUGUUUUUGGCCAGUGACGCGAGUCGCUAUGUGAGUGGUGAGGUACUGACUAUUGAUGGGGGGUGGAUGGGACGGUGA